ACCGAAUUAACUGAGCUAUAGGAGUUUAUGUUCGAAAUUAAAGCCAAGUAAACAAAGUAAAAACAUGCUAAUUAACUAUAUUAACAACAAACAAGACACAUUUGAAAGUUCUAUGGGUGUUAAAGACUGUUUUAAAAUCUUGUUUCAUUCAAUCUUGCAAUGUACAAGCGGUACUCUUCCGUGAGUCUAACCUCCAAUUUGUACAAUUUAAUAGUAAUUGAAGCUUCACAUUGAAUGCAGUAUCUGCUAUAAUUUGUUUUUUUCAUAUGAAGGGAGAAAUGUGAUAUCAAGAUAAAGUAGAUUGUUGUUUUUUUGUCAGUCACUUUAAUGUGAAAAUCGAGUAGGAUAACCGAGAAACAGCAAAUAGGAUUUCAAAGUACUGCAUUCAUUGGUUUACCAUUAAUCUUGUUUACUAAUUUGGUUGUAAGGAAGCCUAAUGAGUUCACAUUAGAAUAAAAAGUUCACCUUGUUUUUCUGAAUAACAAGGUUAUUGCCUUCGAUUCCAAGAAAAGUUUGCAUGGGGAAAAACAAAUUCUGCACUUGUUUUCCAGGUGAGAUAGAACAGUGCAGGGUGUAAUCAGACUGUGUCUCCAAGUUGUUUUUUGCUCUAAUUUAUUACACAAUUUGAAUGAAAUCAUAAGACUUACAGGACUGCUGACUUCACAUGAUCCAUGUGAAGGCUGUUGUACUAUUAGAUUACCAUGACAUAUGACCAUGACCAUGACAAGUCCAUUUACCAAUGGUAAAUGGACAUGAGCUUAUAUAGCGUUUUUUUCUAGUAUUCCAAGUGCUUUUACACCACAUGUCACACCCACCCAUUCACAUGGGGCAAUGUGAGCAACGGUUGAGAGGCGACGACUCUGCCAGCUGAGCCACAUGCCGCCCAUGUGGCUACAUUUUUUCACGAGAGUGCAGAAACUGUCUGUUCCCUCUCAUUGAAGUCACCCAUCAGAUGAAUCAAGUCGAACCUUUCAGCUUUUUAAUGACACACAGAUGGCUGCUGUUUAGCUCUAAUGAAACAGCACUUCCCCGAACCAUUUAAAGAAACAGUUCUUGUCACUACUGUAAGCGGAGAAAACUCCACAGUAUGACUCUCGCUCUUAUUUACCAUCUAACCUAUUUAACCUUCAUCAGAUGUUCUAUGUUACACAGAGGACUUCUAAUGAGCCCAGCUCACCUGAUGAAUACUGCCGUGUCACCAAAAUGGUCGAAAUGGUUCAGUUAAGUUGAUUAUGUUAAAUGUAAUCAAAUUAAGAAUGUUUUCCCUGAUACAGAUUUCCAAGUCUACUGCUGGCUACACUGUAGUUAAUGUUCGUUAAAUGUACAAACAAAAAAUAACAGAUGAACUCAGGCCAACAUGGUUCAUUCUAAGUUCUUGAUUUAUGUCAUUCGGAGGAAUAACAGAUGAAAUCAAACAUCUCUUCCUCGUCUCGCCCUCUCUAUGUUUGAAUGCAGCUGAAGUCAGCAAGAAUAGCUAAAGGAAGAGCUCGCCUCAUCUCGGGGUUAUGAUAAUGAUGCUCGCAGAAGAAAAACCUCUGCAGAUUUAUACUCAAUGACAUUUUCGAGCAGAGACAAUCCAGACAGAUAACUUUGUCAAGCAAAAAGUCAAACACGCACACUGAUAAAAAAACGACUCUAUAGUCGAGCUUUCUCGUCCUCUUCUAACCCAGUGUCAGUGAAGUGUCACACAAAAUUAAUUUGUCCUGAUAAUGUCACAUAUCAAAUCUAAUUUGGUGGGAGUUUUCCUCCGUAAUGCUUUGGAAGUGAGAUGUUGUUUUCAGUAAGAUUAAAUAAUUCCAUGAUAUGCACCGCAUAAUUCGAUAAACACGGCGGCAGUGAUAAAGAGUACUUGUUUUGUUUUUAAUGAGAAGACAUGGAAAUUAAAUAAACUUAUAUAACCAUAAGGUGAAGUCUGCACGAUCACUGUGACCUUAAACCCCCCCUUUUUAAAAAAAAAAACUGAUAUCUGGUGAUGGACUUACUGUAGAUAAGUCAUUGUUGAGAUUUAAAAAUGUAAAAGUUAAGUUAUUUGAGGGCUUUCUCCUCCAUCUGCAAAUCAAAACGUGUGAAAUGUUUGAAAGUUGGUGGAAAAGCAAGACAGAGAUGAAGUGCAGUCUCUGGAGGUGAAACCUAGCAGACAGCUAGCAGCACCAGUUUGUCACUUAUAACAUCCUCGACCUUAAAUACAAACGAUUUUAAGACUUUAAGACGAUUUUAAGAUUGAACUUAAAUCUUUGACUUGUGUCAAAAAACACCAUGAAGGGAUAAUUCAUCUUUAGAGACCAGAACUGUUUGUGUAACGAAGCUGGAAGCAUUUUAAAAUCUGUUUUAAGUUUGUCAUUUUAACAUGAUUAAUGGGGAGUGACUUACCUUUGGAGCAAGCCUCUAGUGGCCAUUUGAGGAACAGCAGCAUCAGCAAGCUUCAUUUUUCCACCUUGUAUGUUGCCCCAUGAUGUAAACACUGAAAAACAGGGAAUAAAAUGUACUUUUAAGGAAGUAAGAAGUCAGUUGGGACACAGACGAGGAGGAUAUUUCUCUCCUGAGUUUUGUUAAAGGCAGAUGGACUCCAGAGCUCCGCAGAGACCUCAGGACUCGGAUUCUCCUCUGACACUCAGACUGCUCUGACAGAUUUGAGUCAAAAUGGUCGAGCAGUACAACUGCACCAACUGUAAGGAGAGCCUGUUCGGGAAAAAGUACAUUCUGAAGGAGGAGCACCCGCACUGCAUUCAGUGCUACGAGGCUCUUUUCUCCAACAACUGUGAAAUGUGCAAACUUCUCAUUGGAUGCACCAGCAAGGAUCUGUCCUACAAGGACCGCCACUGGCACAGCGACUGCUUCCUCUGCUCCAAGUGCGAGCGGUCUCUGGUAGAUCGGCCCUUUGCCACCAAGGACGACCUGCUGAUGUGCACCGACUGCUUCGCCAGCGAGUACUCAGCCAAAUGCAAUGCAUGCCUGAAGACCAUAAUGCCAGGAACUAAGAAGAUGGAGCACAAGAAUAACAGCUGGCACGAGAAUUGCUUUGCCUGUAACCGUUGCCAGCAACCCAUCGGCACCAGGAGCUUCGUCCAGAAGGACCUCAAAAACUUCUGCCUGCCCUGCUACGAGAAGCAAUUUGCCCAGCAGUGCGUCCACUGCAAGAAGCCCAUCACCUCCGGAGGAGUGAACUACCGGGACAUGCCCUGGCACAAGGAGUGCUUCGUCUGCAUCAGCUGCAAGCAGCAGCUGGCCGGCCAGAGGUUCACCUCCCGGGACGACUUCGCCUACUGCCUCAACUGCUUCUGCAACCUGUUCGCCAAGAAAUGUGCUCACUGCACCACCCCCAUCAGCGGUCUCGGUGGGAGCAAGUACAUCUCUUUUGAGCAGCGCCAGUGGCACAACUACUGCUUCAACUGCAAGAAGUGCAGCGUGUCUCUUGUCGGCCGGGGUUUCCUGACCUGCAAAGACGACAUCCUCUGCCCUGACUGUGGCAAAGACUUCUAAGUCAUCUCCAAACCGAACACAGUUGAAUGCUAAUCAGAGAGCAGCAGCAGUACUUUCCCAACCUGGCCUUUGCUGCAUUUAUUGCAUCAUUUAUUAGUUUCUUGCUAACCUGCUCCUUCUGCUGAUGUAUUUUCUUGAUAUGCUAAUGAUACUGUAUUUUAUCUAAAUGAGUCAAGGCCUUUAUUCUGAACUGUAUUUUUUUGCUCCCUUUUGUUCCAAUGAAACUCUGUCAUUAGAAUAACUUAACACUUUCACAGGAUAGCUUAAAAGAAUGUUAGUUUUUUAAAACAGAUCACACCUUUGUUGCAAUUGUUUUAAUAGAGAUGUUAUAGUAUUACUAAUACUGUGUAUUCUUAUUACAUAAAAUGUGUUGUAAAUCUUAAUAAAGAAAUUGUGGGCUUUGA